CAGUGUGUAUGUGUGUGUGGGUUUUUGGCACCUCCCCGCUCCUCCAUAGAUCUGGUUGCCCCCUUGUACUAACCCUAACACCAUGCACUUCUUCUUCUUCUGCACCUCCUGGCAGCUGUAGUUCCUCAGUUUCCCCUCUCUUGCUUUGGACUUUGGACACCCGCGCGUCAUGUCUCGGCGCCUGAAGCCGGUUCCGCUGCAGGACCGCGUGCUUCCUUUGUAACUGGAUCUACUUUUUUUUUUUGGAGGGAGAGGAAGGAGGGCAUGCUCUGCUCGUCUCUGGAGAACACUUGCAAAGAGAAGAAAGUGGCAAGAGGAGGGUAGAGGGAGCAGCAGCAGAGGCGGAGAAGCUUCAGAGAGAGAGUAACUUACCUGUAGAUGUUCGACCAGACCACGACUAUGGGCGAUGGGAACCACCGCUGUGGACCCAACCCGCUGUGUCCGGACCGGAUGGAGACAAAGUGCCGCGCCGAGAUAGGGAGCAGGUCCCCGGUUCAAAGCUCCACCGACACCCCGGGAACGUCAGCGUCCACGCCGACGUCCUCCAGCGAGGACGGGCACGACAAACUUCUGGGAGUGGACCCUGACUACUGCCGGAGGAUACUAGUGAGAGGUAAGAGGAGAAAAAAUCACCUGAAGUGUGCUAAAAAAAGUAAAACUCAGACUAAGUUUCUGAGAAAGUGAGGCUAUUUUAGGCUAAACAGAAAGCUAACAUGAACUACGAUAACUCUUCUCUUUUACUCUACCGUCAAUAUCUGCAAUUUAAAAAAUAAAAGACAAAAAAUACUGAUAAUUCGGUUUCAAAAGAGAACAACAUGAAAGUAAAUUGUUUGGGUUUUAUUCCAUUUAAAAAAUCUCUAAAAUUAACAAAACGUCAGAUAGUCUGUAGCUUACGGAAAUAAACCCCUGCUCCUAACUACGACUAAACUUUAAUAAAAAUAUUUUUAUAAAGUGUUGACGAGGACAUCACCUCCUGUGAGGAUGAUAACAAUAGGCUACUUUCACUUCCGUGAUACCAAAAUGACUGUAGCACCAGACCACACCUGCAAAACAGCCAAUUUAAAACGCUUAACUCAUGACAAAUAUUCGCCUUUGUUACACUUUUUGACAGCUUUAACCUUGAAAAAGUACUAAAAGAAACCGAUAAGACUGUUAGCCAAAACCACGAUUUGCAGCCUUGCAAGUACUGUCUCAUUAUAGCUUCACUAUAGAAGAUAAAACCAAAGAUAAAUAUAAUGAUUAAACUCAAACUUUAGGUCUGUUAUGACGCUUUUUAUUAACAAACAUGCUUAAAAGCACCUCGUAGCUUUUCAUUGAUAAUUACGCUCAAUCAGUGUGUAUGGGUGUGUGUGUGUGGGUGUGUGUGUGUUGGGCUACUUGAUUGCCUUUGUGUGCCAGCCUUAUGUUCAUGAACAUGAGAAUAAUAUUUAAUUCAGGGAGUCCACACCCUCCUGCUGGAGGCCAGCUGCCUGUGAAUCUGACUUAAAAUACACAGAAAAUUAUGUUUUAAAAAUGCACUUCAACAGGAUAAAGUAUUUUAAGGAUUUUUUUUUAUCUAUUUAAAAUUCAUUAUUAGCUCCCAGUAUUUAAAUUAAGGCUAUCUAUCCACAUGUAGUUUUAUUAUCUAAUAUAUAUACUUGGAAUCAUGUUAAAUAAAACUGUACAGACUAUGUUUGCUGCAGGGUAUCACCAGGUUCAAACAUAAGUUAACAUAAAAAACACGUAGCUUAAUGUCCGUGUAUAGGUUAUAUACAUUUAUUUCAAUGCAGGACGUUUUACUGUUAAAUUUCAGCUCCUGCAGUUUAAACACUGUUCAAUUCUUAAAUAACAAACUUGAUUUAUAAAAUUACAUGAAGUCAAAUGUUUACUAAAUACAAGGACACUGUAUCACUCAGUAAAUGCUUUCCAGGAACAGAAAUUCAACACAUAGCACGGCUUUGUCCCAUUCAGAACCCCCUUUUAAAAAACACAGAAAAUACAAGUACAGCGUGUACUUUGCUGCAAAGUAAAGUAAAACUGAUAGCUGUGGUAAAAAUACAAAAAACUAUUUUCGACCUAUUAACGCACAUUUAUAUCCGCAUAAAUACGGUCGAUAUAGUCUGGUUUAUUGCAGAUAUUUUUCACGUUUCCUUUAAGUAUUUAGCGGCGAAAAAGAACCAGCUCAUUUAGGUUAUGAUAAACAAAUAUAGCAACUUGCAAAAAAGUAGAAUUAUAAUAGAAGCAGUAAAACGAAGGCAACAGAGAAGAGAUAAACCGAAAACGGUAAGCAGAUAAAAUUAAACGGCGUAAAAUUGAGUUUAAUUCCAGUUAUUUCCACUCGCUAUGUUGAUUAUAAAACUGGAAACAACCUUGAGAUAUUUUACAAGUGUGUCUUUUUCUCUUCAUAUCUUCCAAAUGGAGCCCAUCUUGUUCGUAUAUUCUCCAUAAACCAUCUUUACAGAGUGGUAAUGUGUGUUUUAAUGGCCGCUGCUGUUAAAUGUUGUUCACCAGAGGCUGAAGUGGCCUUUAGGAAACCAGGAGGGUGUGGGAAAUGCAUUUUAGUUAAUUUCAUUGUGUGUGAAGAUACUGUUUAGUAGUUUCCACGCAGAGAAGGACGCUUUGAGUGUCAGGAUUUGUUUUCAGAGCUCACGUCUGAAUGCACGAGCCCUUUUUUUUUUCCUCAUAGAGCCGGGGUCACCGAGAGGUCAGCAGGUCUACCGUUGAACCGCUGCUUUCUCUUCUCCCCCACUGCAGUUUGAGUUUGUUAUUUUUCCUUCACUGCAUGAGAAGGUGUUUUGUGUUGGCCUUAUGUCCGUGUGUGUAGGCUGGGUGGAUUUGGGAGGUUAGUGGAAAUCUCUGCUGCUUUAUCUAGCCUGCCUGGCGACACAUUACGCAUAGUCAUUACGCGUGCGUAAAAUAUGGAGACCUCUGAGGCGUUUUCAUUACGUCGUGAAUACCAGAACACUUAAGAAUGAAUGUGAGUGAAAUCAAUGGAUUAUGAUGCAUAUGAGCAUCAUGAAUCGUUCUAGAAUCAAGUCUCUUCUGCUACAAAAACAAAGUUUCCUUUUUACGCACUUUUUUGCUCUGCGUCACCUGCUGUUUGAACUGAUUCAUUGUUUCAUUUUAAAGCGAUUCCAGCGCGAAGACACAAAACAGGAGUUCAGUGAUAAACCAAAAAUUAAACAUGUAAAACUUCAUGUUUUUAAAUCUUCGUCUUUUUGUUUCUCCUGACUUUGAUAGAAACUAUGGAUUUUCAGUUCAAUCAGUUUUGUUUCAUAUUUAAUUCAGAGCUCUUCAUAUUUUAUUGGAUUGCAUUUUUUAUGAACUCCAAACCCUGGACAAAGAGGAAGGCUUGUCUGGCCUGCGCUUUUAUUCAGAGUGAUAAAUACCAACAUAUAUUCUCGAUAACAGUGCAGUCCAAAUGAACGAAGACUGAGGCGGGAAUGAGUCUUUAAUUGCGAGAGUUACAGUGAAAUUAAAGAAACGAAUUGUGAUCAUGUCUCAUUUUAAUUUUUGGGACUAUAAACAGAAAAUCCUCAGACUCUCGGGAUCCAGGGCGGGGUGUAAAGACUGACUGACAGACCGUCUCUAUGCGGGAAAGUCAGAAUAUUAAAAUGUUUUAUUAUCUACAAUGUCCUUCGUCAUCUGGAAAAUUUAAAGAAUUAAAUUUUAAAUUUUUUAUUUUUUAUUUUUUGACCCUAUUUUACAUUUAAAAAACACCUGGUGUAGAUUUCGAAGCUGCAAAGUUUAAUGAUAAUAAUAAUAAGAAUAAAGGAAAUAAGGUGUGCACAGAUUCCAACGAACGAAUUUAAUGGAAUAAAAUGAAACUGGAAAAAAAAUGAAACCAGAAAAAAAAAUGCAGAUUCAGAAAAGCCCCCCUCUUUCUAUUAUGGUGUUUCACACGCCAUCUACACAUAGUGUGAUUGUUAUUGUUCAUAAUGACGCACAGCGUCAAUACUUGGAAUUGAAACAGUCGAAAGAGACGCCCUCCAUCAUCACGUUGUCUCUCUGGUUUGGGAUGAACCAAACGAGAGAAAUUAAGCAGUGGCGCUUUUUUGUGCGUCAUUUCCCGUUGGAACAGAGUGAAUAGUCCAACAGUUCAGGAUCAGGACAAAAUGUGCUCAGAAUAUUUGGCAAAAGUGAACCGAAUUGAGCGUGUGUGCACACUUUUGUCACCCUCACUGCGUUGACGCUCACAAGUUUCCAGAUGGGUCCUCUAACUGUCAUGGCUUUGGCUGAGAGAUUUAAUUUGAGUUUCAUACAAAGUGAAAAAAGACAAGAUAUGAGGAUUCUUUAAAGCAAACAAAACCCACCUGAUUUGGAGGAGACCAGGGUUACAAAAACAACACACUCAAUAUUUUCAACAAGGCACAAGCAGGCGUUAUUGUGCUCGCUUUGCACAUGCUCAGUUGGGGCCUGUAGCUGUCUGCUUAAAAACAGUGGCACCACUUUAACAUGCUAUAAGUUUUAAACAUAAAACACAAUCAUCAUUCUAUCACAAGGCAAAAAGUGACAACGAUCAACCCAUGCUAACUUGUGUCGUAGCUGUGUAAAAUAAAAAUAAACAAAAAAACAAUUUUGAGCAGUCCUGCUUUACGUUUUCUUUGCUCUAACAGGUCUUUUAUAUUUAUUUUUUAUUUUCCAAAGUUUUUACCAAUACUUCACAUUUUGUAUUUAAAACCUCAACAGUCUGUUGUUUUUGUUUUUAAUUAAAAACUGCUGAUUAUUGUGAAGUCAUUUUGAUCUCUUUGUACUGCUCCACCAAUGUGUGUCCAUCGUUGUUUCAUGGCAUAUGACUGACUGUGCUGCAGCUGAUCAAUAUGUUUGAUUUAAGCUCAAUUUUAACUCAAUGCAGUUCAUUGAAAUGUCAUCACCACCUAGCUGCCUUUAUGUUUACAUGUAUGUUUGCUUCUAAACUCAUAUAUUAGGAUACCUUAGAGCUAAAAGAAGUUUGACCAAAUAAAAAAAUAUAUACAUAUAUUCAGGAACUUCCGGAUGUGCUUUUAUUUUGCAACAGCAAAAAAUCAACAAUAAUUUUGCUUAAAAGAGCAUCAACAUAUGAUUAAAAUAAAAGCCAAGUGUAUUCCAACUCACCUGUGAGCUGUAGAGGAAAAUGUGAAAAAAAUCCUACAGUUCCCCCUGGUCUCCCCUAUUUGUUAUCACGUGGAGCAACGCCACGCAGGUAGUGACAGGUGUGGAAGUUUUCUCUCACGAAACCUCAAACUUGAACCGGUUUUAAAGACGAAAAAUGAAGAUUAAACCGUGAAAUCUGCACCACUUUACCUUCGUUAUUAUGAGCACUCACACUGCCACUCAUGACAACAACAAUAGUAGUCGACACAAAGGUGUGUGACCUAUAAUGUGUGUGCUGUUGUUUUCAGCACACCUGUUUCCACCUGUGGAAAUAAGUCCUAAUGGCACGAGUGUCUUCUAUUGAAACAUAAACGUGAUCUGAGUGUCUCCAGUGUAAAACCCACUUGUAUCGUGUUAUUUCUCUCUCUGAGGCUGUUAGCCUAUAGUACUGCUAAUUAAUAUUACAUUAGUUUUUACUACGUAUUGCUGCAGUCACUCGAGCUUUAACAAAAGACGCGUUUAUCUGUUAUUUAUAGUCUCUGUACUGCUGUUUCUGUUCACGAUGCUUCAGUUGAUUAUUAAGUGAUGUUGCCAAACCGCAUCUGCUGAAAAUACUGACACUUAUUGUGUGUUUCUUUUCCCGGACAGACGCCAAAGGCACCAUCCGGGAGAUCGUCCUGCCAAAGGGCCUCGACCUGGACCGGCCCAAGCGCACGCGGACCUCCUUCACGGCCGAGCAGCUGUACCGACUCGAGCUCGAGUUCCAACGGUGUCAGUACGUCGUGGGCCGCGAGCGCACCGAGUUAGCAAGACAGCUGAACCUCUCCGAAACACAGGUAAGGGACACGGGCGUAGGUAAAGCGGGGGUGUGUGGUGGUGGAGUCCAAAAUCUUCUAGCUUGACUGUUUUCCUGCUUCAUGUGUUUGUUAAAAAGACUAUGUUUCAGUCAGGGGUGGGACAAAAAAUUCGAUUCACAUAAAUAUCGCGAUUUUUGGUUUUACAAUUUUUAAAUCGAUUUUCGUAUUCGAAAAUCGAUUUUUCUUUUCAAACGUAAGAAUGAAUCUUGAAAAAGGACUUUCAUGUGAUGUGUAUUUUGUGGGGAAAUAUGGUUCCUGGAGUAGUCAGUAGACAAUUAUAAUCAUUCAACUGUUUCACUGGUGUUAAAAAUGCAGACUAAAAAUUGAAAAAAUCGACAAUAUCAUAGAAUCGCAAUUUAAAUCGAAUCGGCAUCCAAAAAAUCGUAGUAGAAUCGAAUCAGGAGAAAAGCAUAUUGUCCCAGCCCUAGUUUCAGUAUAUUCCUGAAAUCGUGCCUUUUGUUUGAAAAGACAAAUUUGGAAAGGUCGUGAAAAAUAAAGUACGGUAAUCAGCUGCUGUUAUCAAUGAAAAAUAUAUGUAAUGCAAGUAAAAAUCAGCAAACAUAAUGGAGACGUUAAUAUCUGUACGGCCAAAUUUUUGUUGUAAAAUGUGUUCUGCUUUCUGUAAGCUACGCUAGUAUAGUUUAGCCACUGUAUGCUAAAAUACGGAUGUGUGGGCUCCAUCUCUGAGAAAACUUUAUGUCUGUAUUUCAGUGAAUUUUCCAACAUCAAAUUUGCCAGUUUGUUGCUACUUUGCUAAGCCCACAAGUUCCUGAUUUAACCCUGGGAUUAAAAGAAGUUGUAAAAUAUUUUUAAAAAAUCUAUUCCGUUUGAAAACUUAAUAUAAAAAAUACAAACAACAAAGAAGUAAACAAAAGGAAGACAGAAGAUGAUCAUUAAAGUCGUAUUAUUCAAACAAUUAUUUUUGUUGGCCUAUCCAUAAGCUUAGCCACCAGUUGUGAAGGCCCGAGUGUUGCCUGUGCUACAAUUUUCAAAAUAAGUAUGCUAACAGCCGCCCCCCCCCCCCCUUUUUUUUUAUUUUAUUUGUGAAGUUAUAACUUUCUUGAAUAAAGGCAUAACUUCAACACCCCAAUAAGAUAUCUUUAACAGGUGUAUUUGGCUCCUCAGCCAAUCAGAAUAGAGGGGCAGAAGGAGUACCCACAUAAGGCCCGCCCAUCUAGAAUAUCAAAUCAGCACAUUUAUGGGGAAAUCCUUGAUUGAGAAUUUUCACUCUUUUUUUAAGGAUCCACAAUUUUUAUGGGAUUUAAACGAACAAAUAAAUGGCAGGGGAUUUUUUUUCAUGUGACACUAAAAGCUUUAAAUGAUAAGUAACCCUUUUAUUCAGCAUCGUGUUUUUAAACAGUCUUUUUUUCAUCAUGUAUGGUAAUCUAAGUGCCCUUAAAAUGAAAAACGUGUCCAUAUCAACAUAAAACGGAAAAAUUUAUUUUUUAUUUUUUUUACUCAGAGCUUUUAAAGAGUCGUUGUUUUUGACCACCCUACAGUUAAAGGCGUUUUCCCUCUGCCAAAGCUUUCCCUCGUGCAGCUGUGUCUGUGCGCGUGAUGUUUGACGGAUCUGGCAGAGUCUUCCGCCUCUGAAGAGCCCGCGCGCUUCUUUCAAACCCUCCUUUAGCGCCACGAGCCCAGCCCCUCCGUGUUUAUUAAAGGCGUCAUUACGUACAGACAAAGCUGUAUCUCCUAUAGGCUGUAACGCAAACUACUCAUUUGUUAUGUGCAGUGACUAUAGUAUUAUUUAUCUAAAUAAGAGAGGGGGGAGUUUCCUUUAACCAGACGAAUUUAAAACAUUAAAUCGAGUUUAUUUUUUUAACUUUCAGGCAAAUAUAUCAUAAGCUAUAAGCAAUAAUUUUAAGAAAAAAAAAAAUCGGUUUCUUUUAAACAUGGAAUAAUAAAACAAACAGAAGUUUUGUGGGCUGAUAGCAUCCUCUUAUUUUAUGGGUUAUAGCCUUUUAAAGAUCUUGACUUAAAAACGACAAAGCUUUUUAAAACUAUUUUUUGACACAAUUUACUCGACAAAAACUUACAUGUUUUGUUUUAUUUUAUCCACAUUUAGACACUCUCCCUUAAAAGUAACGUUCCUAAAAGUCCAAAUUCUGGUCUGACGUAUGACCAUUAUUACGCAUGCCAGUGUGCAGUUUUCUGGAGAUGCACCGUGUCGACUUCUAUUAUUGAGGCCAGUAAAAAAUGUCGGUGGACGACACCUACUUUAAAAGACGUAAUUCCCCUUGUUUUCGACGGAAAAAAACCUCAAAAAUUUGGUGACUUUCAAUUUUCUUUCGAGAAAAAUCAACCAAAAAAAAAAAAACUCGAUAAAAUAUUUCGACUUAAACUUGCGGUAUAUUGAAAAGCAACUCAUUUACUUUGAUCUCAUGAGAAAAAAAAACAGACGGCUGCAGGUGUGGAGACUUAAAGACUUUAAUCAUCUCUUGUGUACAACCACUUGUUGCAAGAACUUUACGCAUCAAAGUGAAGAACAGCAACAUAAUAAUCACCACUACAUAACGCACUCAAACAUAGGGUGUGUGUGUGUGUGUGUGUGUGUGUGUGUGUGUGUGUGUGUGUGUGUGUGUGUGUGUGGGAACACAGAGAAGCCACUGUGUCCCUCAUUAGUGCUGACACUCGGGGUGUUAAUGGGAGGGCCUGAGCUUCCUGCUGCUGUGAGGGCGGCUCGUGAUUGGCUGAGAGAGAACUGCCUGACCUUCAAAGUGAGAACAAAAUGUAAAUAGUCCCCUCAAUAAUGGCUGUGAAAUAUUAAACCCAAUGCGCUGAAUUUCCCCUUAAUGCUGCGCGCUAUUGAAGCAGCUUUUAAGCGUGAUCGAAAGGCUUUUAGUUUGCAUUAGAGGACUUUUCUUUCUUCUGAUUAUCUUCUUUCAUGACGGCGUUUGCAUAUUUUUUUUGAAGCAAGUGCAUCAUUCAAGGCUGAUCGGCACAAAUCACAAAAAGAAAUAUGGAAGCUCUCAAAGUUUUAGCAGCUUUUAAAGCGAGUUGUUUUGGACAGUUUUUCUUAGUUUCACUUGAUUUAGCGUGUUUGUUGGUGUUUUUUAGUUCGCCACUCAAGGCUUUCACGGGAAAUUGUUUUGUUUUCAUCUUCAAAAUAAAGGUCACUGGAUUUGAAAGCAGUUCCAUUAAAGAGCGUUUACAGGCUUUAUCUCUAUCAUCCACAUAUAAAGAAUAUCUAUCUAUCUAUCUAUCUAUCUAUCUAUCUAUCUAUCUAUCUAUCUAUCUAUCUAUCUAUGUCAUGUUGUCCUUGUUCUUUGAUGAAUCUCUGUAUUUAAAAGUUGAGUUUUGGGGCUUUUAAUGGGUGUAUUUUUUAAUUGAUGUUUUAAAGUUUUUAAAAUGUCAUUCAAGAAUCUAUUUGAAAUGACAAAAAAUAAUUUCAGUAAACGUAAAUCUCCUUGUCUUUUCAGAGUCACAUUUGGAUUAUAAGGAAUUGUUGUCCCUUUUAAUUCCGAUUUAAUGUUUAAUUCUUGUUAUAAACUCUCUGAAAAUAACUCAAGUACUAAAUAAAUCCAAAGACUGAAUCAGAAAUUUAUCUCAUAAUGUGCACAGUUUGAGUGCAAACCCAUAAAAUCACAAAAAAACAUCCCUUUCUUUUGUUUAAAGAAGCAUCAAGAGAAGUUUAUUUCCAUUAAAACCCCCAAAAAGCUCCAUUCAAAACGACUCCAAAUGUAACAGGCCUCUUCCUCUGUGACUGAAACACACAUACUAAUUACAAUAAUAUGGGAGGUUGUUGGAUCGUUAAGUGUUUUUUAACAAUGUUUGGGGAUUUGGUCAUUGACCCAUGGAGUAACUCCAAUUAGUUUGGUCAGGUAUUCAAACUGAUCACGCAAUGAGGCAGCACACAUCGGAGACACACAAACACACACACACACACACACACAAACGCAGGGACGCACAAGUGGGCGGAAGAAACCCUCAAUUAGACCGUUUUUUUUCACAGAGUUGUAGAAAAUGAAAAGAUAGUGCGAUCCUGUGAGUUAAAAAAUGACACUAAACAGAAUAUAACUAUUUGUUUUCGUGAAUUUAAUCCAGAUUAUUUUGUUUUAACUUCAAACAAUAAUCAUAAAAGGUUAAAAUCAUUCAUUCUUAAUCUAUUCUUUAGAUUUUGAGGAGGGAAAUAUGUGACUUGUUUGUGUAGGCCUACACUUAACAAGGCGACCAAUUCUCCACAUUUCUUUGUCAAGAAAGGCCAGCCAACAGAGACCAAACUCAGAACCCCGGUAUCCAAAAAGAAAUUAAAUAGGCAACAAAAUGGAGGUUAAUGUCGAUGUUUGAUAAGGGCCUACGGAUCGCUUUAAGUCCAAAACUAAUAGUCUCAAGUCCACUUCUUACACGCAGGGCCUACUUUUCAGUUUCAUUCUUCAUAACUUCAAAAUUUUCCCACUCAGACUCGGUAUUAACCCCGAAUUAUGAGGGAAAAUAAAACACCUAAACUUUCCGAGAGUAUUUUCUCGUCUGCCCUUUUGGAAAAAGAUGUAAAUAUCGAUCAAAAACGCGCCAAACGUCACUAAAUUUAAAUUCAACCGUUACUUCCUUGUGCACUCAGGUAUCACUCCGCUCUAGAGUUACCGAGUAAUCCGUUACCGGUCUUCCUCCGCCCCGGUAAGUGGCUCUCCGCUCCAGGCUGGCACAGCAGGCACCGUGAGAGUUCCCCGGUUCUCUUUAGUCCGUGUUAUCUGACCGGUUUAUCGUGGAAAGUUCUCUGUUUGUAGACGUGUCAGUAAAACGCUGUUUUCAGCAUUAAUAUGGAGGUAGGUGUUGAUAUCUGAACGUGCACUUGGGAAAACUUUUUACAUCUUCGUUAAUUUAGCAUAAAGAAACGGCUUUAAAAUGAAAGUUUGGCAUUAUUUGUUCCUCUCAAACGCGGUAUAGUGUUUGUUGCUGAUUUGUGAGGUAAUUUUGCUUAAACAUUAUCAUUAUUUUGAUUAAUUAUUGCGUAAUUUUAAUCAAAUUUCACAUAGCUCUACUUUAUUGAGGCCUACAGCUGUCUGGUAUGAGUUUAACAUGGUGUUUCAACUUUCUCAGAAGUUAGAAAAAGUUUCUUACCUCCUUUAAGUUAUGCUGUGUUUAUAAUUUAUAGUGUAGGUUAUGGAAAUCUUAUUCUUAUUCAUUUAUUCACAUAAAAAACUGUGUAAAUAUCCAGAAAUUUAGCUCAGAGAAACAGCAUCAACACUUUAAUAGAUGCACCUUCUAAAUUCUCAACCUGACCCUCGCCCCCUUGCUUGAAUCUCUUAAUAAUUCUGCGAAUGGUUAAAGUUUAUUUUCCUUUUUCAUCAGAUCUACUCCAAAGUCCAAGGAUAUGUUUUACGUUGCACAAAAAAUCCCCGAAUUCUUAUUUUUGAGGUUAAUUCUCGUAUUUUAUUCAGUCUCAUCAUGUUUGUGUAAUUUUAAUAGACUCUGGUGCUGAAAUUAAACAAACUACAAACUCUUUGACAUGUUCUUGCUUGUUGCAGACCAGCCUGUCAGCGCGACUUGAGCAGGUUUUAGUGCUCCAUGCUGUGUGGUCACUCUGAGCCCUCAGUCCUGCUGAGUUGAGUGCAGCUGACGUCUUACUAACGCCAUUGUAUCAGUCCAUUGUUGUUUGCAGCUCGUCCGUGGACAAGCUAUGGAUUUAAUGGUCUCUUUACUGCGUUAAACUGGUUUAAUCCUGCUGCAAAUGGGAGAGACAAAUCAUGUUUAAUCUUUAGUGUAAAGCUGGCUGAACAAUGCACAGAUGUGGGCGAUGUUUGCAUUUGUUUGCCUGAUUUGUCACAUUUGUUUGAUGACACAAUCAAACAGGAUUUUGGCAAGAUGUAGGGUGAGUGUCUGGUUGGGAUGAAGCUUAGGAAAGAUGGUCUAAACGUCUCCUGAAAGGUUCAAUAAAAAUAAUCAGGAUUUUGUUGAGCUUUUGUUUUAAGAGAAACAUUUUUUGAGUAAAACAAAUAAAAGAAAUUACAGAUUUAUUGUUUCUAUUGUUAAAAAUGAACUUUUAAAAACUUUUUUACUGUUGUCAUUUAAAUUAUCCAAACUUUGUUGAGUUAGCGGUUUUAGCAUGUCUAUAUUUGAAAUUACAGUGAGAGUAGGGCCGCCAUGAAGGGCCUCAAAACUCACCAAAGUCGUCAACUUGUGCAGGUUCAUUAUAAAAAUCACAGUUUCUAUCUCUGUUAGGGCUUUUAUUUUGUAGACCGGGCUUACAGGCCAUUGUUAGCUCUUACAGGUUGAUGGGAGAAAAACAAGAAGGCCUUUAUGAGCUCGAGUGUACGGAGGCCUUCAAGGACAGUUCUGGCAGAAAGAGAAGUUCACUCACGUACUUGAUAUGAUUCCAAACUCACCUUUAGAGGGAAUCAGCUGACCUCAGACAGGUGUGAGACUCCUCUGAGAUCAGCAUCACACUUUCCUGUCCUGUUUUUUUUUUCACUCUGACAGACGAUUCUUUGAUACCAAACCGCCUCAGGGUUAAGUUUAGAGUCAGAAAACUUUAAAGUGAUGCUUCUUGUCUUAGUGUUUAUGUCUCAGAUUCAAACACAAGGCCAAAGGUCACAACUGGCGAGCAAAUAGGUCACAUUUGUCUUUAACUUUUAACAUGUCUUGGACAACAAUGGUGACUGACGUAAUAGUAACAGUUUUCCCACCAUACAGAAGAAAGAAUCUCAAUAAGACAAUAAUAUGUAUCAUCACGAAAAUCUCAAAAAUUCGUCUAGAAACGAUUAGUUUUGUCAUUAAUUGGAAAAUGUUCUAUUCCCCCACCACCAACACUGUAACUUCAAAGAAGUGUAAACAUCUACUCCAGCUAAAAAACUUUGCAUGAAUUUACCGUAAAUUAAAAAAAAGACGUGAAUAGACAGGAGCAAUAUUUUUGGUUUAUUCUUGUAAAAUAAAAAGCAAAGUUUGUGUUAUCAAAUGAGACAACCCCAGGAAAGGUGUCCAGGUUUUAUCCAGGUGCGUUGAUGUUGAGUUGUUUGAGAAGAUUGUGUUUAGUUGCAGAUGUAACAGGAGAAAACUGACUCUUCAAUAAGGCCAACAUGAACAAAAUUAAAAAGUACUCAAAUGAAAGUCAACCAGAAGGGUUUCUACGAUGUGCUAAAUCAAGGAGAUAAAAUAGUCUCAGCUCUGCUUUGGCAGGAACUAACAAAAGAUUUACUUCAUUUGAGCCAGUAAGACGUCUAACUAUUCCAGGAUGAUCUCCAGAUUUCACGUAACAUCAGUGAGAUUCUACUGGAGUCCAUGACUCUGACUCCAGGUUUGGUGAUUGGAUGACAGCACUGUCUAGAAGCAUUUAUAGAAAGUGAAUAAAGGCCAUGAAAACAGCUUUGGCUUUAUUACUGAAGUUUAAAAAAAACUCACAAAGCAGAUUUUUAUCAACAAAAAAACAUCUUUUUUCAAAUUAAGAACCACUUGCAGUUGGAAAAGUGCCAAUUUUUUACUUACAACUGUUGUACAUGAAGGAUAUCACAACAGUUCUGGCAGUGUUUCGGAGGUUAAUAGACACGGCGGUGCACUCAAGGCUUACUUUUUUUUCACUUUUAUGACGAGUAAGCAUAUUUUACUUCAAUCAGACGGGAAAAUCUGGUUUCCACGAAUUUGCGUUUCCCUCUUUAGGCCAAGGCCUCUCAAUACAAGACGACAAGUGUAUCGUUCAUGCGUCUUCGUACAGUGAAUGUCCUGCUGUAUGUAUUGUUCUCCAUGGCGGCCCAGACAGACGGUGUCUGGACGCUCGUCUGGACUGUCGAGGACCCGGCCAUGACGUAUAGCCGCGCAGAUGUAGCGGCGGGGCGGCUAACACAGCGAGGAUUGUCCGAAAGCACCGAGUAGAGACACAAGAGAGAGAGAGGAAGGGACUCAGACAGACCGACAGACAGACGGACACUUACUCUCUUUGUGUUCUGAGUGAAACAUUCAGGCUUCAUGUAAAGAAACAAACCGAGCGGCGGCCUAAAGAGCGGGAACUUUUGUCCGACUCGCUGAUGGUCCGAGAGCAACCUGCGCGGCUCUGAUGAUCUAAUCAGUUGAUUAGAUAAUCAGAAGAACAUCGCAGCAAUUAAGUCCCUUUUUUGCCUUCGUCCUUAAUCACUCCCUCAGAUUGAAUUGACUCGUUUCAUCAGCUUCUGGCAGAGUGCAUGUGUGUGUUUAUGUGACCGUUUGUGUGUGUGUGUGUGUGUGUGUGCGUGGAGCGGAGAUGGUGUGAUUUUCCAAACAUAUGGAGGACGAUACACUCCUUCAGCUGAUGUGAAAACAGGAAAAUCAGCACGAUUGGGCUCAAGAGGUGUUCACUUUUCACACACAGAGAAGUCCUCUAAUCAGAAAGAGCAACAGGCAAAGGUCAAAGGUCAAGGAUGCAGUUAGUGUUGCCUAAAAAAGUCUGAAAAACUGUAUAAAAAGUGAGAAACAUGAUAAAGACAGAAGAAAGUGGUAGAAAGUGAAGCAUGACUAUUUAAAGGAACUAUUUAAGAGUUCUCUCUAAGCUUUCUGCAAAAUCAACAAUCAAAACAAGAAGAAACUUCCUCCAGAUCAGCCGAGGUUGUGAUUCAGCAGGUGAGGUUGUGAGGGAAACAGCCUGACAGAUCACCUUUUAUAAAACUCCUCAUUUCACCUAUUUUCAACAAGGUAAGAAGGAAGAAACGCAGAGGAGGGCGACAGGAAUGAGGUAAAUUUUUGCGUGCGCAGACGUGAAAAAUAAGGAUCAGAAAAGGAGAGUCAUGCUUUCGGGAAGCCUCAAAAAUUUGGCUGGAGCAUUCAGAGAGCGUCCCAGGUUCAGACACCUCUGCCUCUUUCUUUUGCCAGCUGUGAAAACAAAACCCAAAUCUGAUUCCUAAAAGACCAGAAAAACCCAAAAUACUGCAGGUGAUUGGUGUGUCUGCGGGGUGACAUGCAGCAAAAGUCAUGGACCACUUUACAACCCCCUCUGCUUUGUACUGCUGCACAUCUCCAACAUUACAGUAAGCAACAGGAGGAGGUGGAGGCUGUUAUCCUAACCUGGUGGGAGAGAGAGAGAGAGAGAGAGAGAGAGAGAGAGAGGGAGAGGGAGAGGGAGAGGGAGGAGGGGAAAGGAUGGAGGAGAGGAGUGAGUGGACGAGAGAGGGAGAGAGGUGGGCCUCAUAACAGACCCAAGUGCUUUUGCGCUAAGGAGGAUUAGGCAGCCAUAUCUACCAGCGAUGCUAUAAGACGGGGUUAACCCCUGGAUGAACCUGGCUGGACAUGUGCUACGGUGAUGGAGGACCGGGGCAGGUUUAUUCAAGCAGACAUAGGUGACGGGGGCGGGUUUUGGCGUAGAAUUGACAGGUGCGGUGUAGAACUUACGAGGCAGAAAGAAACCUGCUAUUGUUUCGAUGUUCUUCAGCAACGCUAAACUUGAUGGAGUCCGGUUCGGGAGGGUGCAGCCGCGUAACAGUGACCGUUUUGUGAACUCUAGUUUGUAAUCCUCAUACGGAUAACAAUCUGGAUUGGUAAAAACAAUAAUUUCAGUUACGAGGACGCUCACAUGGGAGUCAAUUACCAAACCGAACUCAGGCGGAGAACAACAAAACCCUGGUUGUAUUUAUAGUUUGAAAUGAGACGCUGAGGCCAAGCCCCCUCUGGUAUUAGUCAGAGUUACGGCCCUGCAUAUGAGACGAUACUACAACACAGUUUUCACUUUAAAAGCAGGCUGCAAAAAUACACUGCAAAGCUGAAAAUAAGCACGUUUUUAAAUGUCAUAUUGGACAUGACACAAGCCAUGUUUACUGGAGAGCUUUAGAUGAACAUCUUUUAUCAAGACAUUUCAAGCCUCAAGUUAGGCCUCAAGUGCUUUUAAUAAGUUAAAUAAAAUGUCAAUGAAGGAAUUACAAAAAAAAAUGUUUUACCUUUGAAUUAAAAAGUUUCUUGGAGUAAGAUGCAAGAAACUUUUAAUGUCGUAACAAAGAAGUCGCUCCCGGACCCAAAUGUGGUGGUUUACUUUCAGAAACAAACAUAAAACAAGACAGACAAUUGUUGAUUCCACUGUGAAUCAUAAAUAUUUUUAUUUUCAUAUAUUGAGUAAUGUGUUUUUCUGCUUCUGACACUUCAAAAUACCUCUCAGCUGCCAUGUUUAAAAUAUAAAAAAAUUAGAGACUUAAACUCAUGCAGCAAAAAAAAAAAUUCACAGAAAAUAUUGAAUUUAUUUGCUAAAUUUCAGCAGAAAAAAAGACGUAUUUUAAUCAACAUGAUCACUUCCUGCUUGAUGUGAGCUCAGUGAAAAAUAACAGUUUUUUUCCAUUAUUAUAUCUAUUAAUUCUCUUUAGUCUUUAAAUAUUUUUGUAAUUUUUUAAAAAGUUGGUUGAUCGUGGCAAAAAAAGGAAUUUGAUUUACUUUAAAUUUUUCAAAAAGACGUAUUUUGGGUAGGUUUUGUUCAUGUAAAGUGUGCAUUGUUGCAAGUUUGUUUUAACGUGACUCUAAAAAAUAAUUUUAUAGAGAAAACUUUCUUUUUUUCUAAAAUUUUAAACCUAUUUUUGGCGGCUUCUUUCCAGUCAAUGCUCAUUUAUUUGGUUUCAAGUUCACUAAAUGUUUAAUUUCUCUUCAUAAUGUUGUCCCAGAAUAUUUCCAUCAUCAAUAAUUUGUUCUGGUGUUAUUUUUUUUAUGAUCAGUACCAGUUUGGACACGAGGCAGCUGUGUAGAUUAUUAUCUGUUGGUUCAUGUCACUCUUUGGUUUCUUUAAUCCUAGAGACCUCUCGUCAGUCUCACUCUUGCUGCCAUUGGUCCGUUCCUUUACACUGAGCUGAGUAUCCUCUGGUGUGUUGCAUACAGUCCAUUGGUCUGCCUGGUACAACCUUCAUAUGGAGUAAAAAAAAAAAAAAAAGAGUUUUCAUUGUGUGCUGCGGAUCAUCACAUGCCUGGGAUCAGGGGGUCUAAACGGGGUCAUAGUGGGAGCACGGAGCAGCCGGAGGGGUCACAGAAAGUGUGAAAGACGGUCAACCCAGCGCCCUUCUUAAAGACUUUACAAUCCUGCAUUUCACUUUGCAUCAUGGGAAUUAAACAACCGGGCAGGAGGGACGUUGUAUAUUUAUUUAUUUACAUCACUUUUUAUCCUUGAGCGUGUUGAAGCUCAGGUCAGUAAAGAUUAACCAGAAAGUGAUUAAAACUCAUGAUGAAUAAAAAACACGGACUCACAAAUAUACAACCAAACAGACACGAAAUAAAUAUCCCAAUUUAUCAGUCGAACUUUCUUUCAAUGGCGUGCACUGGAGCUUAUUGACACAUAUGGAUGCCAAGUUGAUCUGUAUACUGGGUCUUGAUCUGGCUUAACCUUCUACCUCUAGCCCAGUUAGCUUGCCGCUCUGUUUUACAGCUGUCUGGAUUCACAGCGCAGGCCUCCGAUUGGCUGACCUCUGCCCGACUGGCCUGUGUAUUCAUGCGUGCAGCACAAUCAUCUCUCCCUGACCUUGGAUAUACCCCGCCUCACAUACGUUUACCCCCAUCCUUUCAGUUUUAUCCGCUGCUUUUAAUGCGUGGAGCUGUGGUUCUUCACUGAGUGCAGAUAUCGCUGCUCUCUCUGAGUUGAUGUGCUGCUUCCUUCUUCUGUGAUUGGACGCAUUUUCACAAGAAUGACAGAACGGUGCACACAGAGGGACUUUCAAAAUAUAUCAACCAAUCGUUUUAAGUCAAUUUUAACACACCAAAUGUGAGGAGGUGUUGAGUUUUUCGGAAGUUGUUUAACUUAAAAGUGAAGCACCUGUAAAUUUUUCUUUUCUUUUUUUAGAUAUUCUUAUAAAUUUAAUCAAAAUUUCUGAACUGUUUUCUCCUCAUAACUUUGGAGUAAAACAGUUCACCCUGACAAACAUUUAUAAAGAAUUUCCAAUAAUUCCCAUGAAACACAACGACAAAAAAGGCGAAGUCAUUAAAGUGAAUCCGCCUGAUCAGUUUAACCCAGUUCUGCAGCUUUGCCAAUCAAAAUAACUGAACUCUCCAACACUAAAUCCUCAACCACAGUCUCAUCUUUCAGAGGAAAUUCACUUACAGGAACAGAAUAACUCGUUAGAGGUACUGUGUUUUAUGUGUUCAGGGAAAAAAAUCUCAAAUAAAGACCCAAAACCAACAAUGAAAUAAUCCGACUAACAAGUGUUUGCGAAGUCGCAAAGCCGCAUAAACCUUGUUGGUGUUUGUCAUAGAUCCAUGAUGUUGUUACCUUUAUUAUAUCAAACACAGGAGUUCUCAGGCAAACUAGAGUUUUAAAUGUGUGGCCAUCCGUGCAUGAAAUAGUGCCAUAUAAAUGUUGUUAUUCCUCUUUGUGUUGUUCAGCUUUUACAGGAAAUGUGUAGUUGGAGGUAAUGGUUGAAAUGCAAAUCUGAUUGGUUAUGGAGGGAAAGACAAAAAGAUUCACAACAAACAUUUUCUUUGAACUUUUUAAAAAUUUUUUACGAAUAAAUCAAAUUUCUAUUGAAGAAAAUUUCACAAACAGACAUAAAAGAGGAUAAUAACUGCUCUACCUUCAAUUUUCAAAAAAAAUAUUUUGUGUUUUUAAUUAAAAAAAAAACAAUAAAAUGGCUAAAAUUAAAAGCUUAAUACAUAAAUCAGCACUGCAUUUGGUGUUUUUUUUUUUUAACCUGCAUUUUUGAAAAUCUUUGUCUGUGUUUGCAUUUUAGUUUCUGAGAGCAUGUAGGCAUUGUUGUUGAUUCAUGGCAGGAGAUGCUACCAAAAUCUGGAUGUACUAUAAAAGUAUGCCCUUUUAUUCUGGUUAAUAUGGUAAAACGGUUUACUGUUGCAGAAAAUGUGUGGUUGGGGGUAAUGGUUGAAUCUCAGACGAAUGCAAAUCUGGUUGGUUUCAGAAAAAAGGCAAAAAUUUAGGAUUCACAACAAACUUUUCUUUGAACUCUUUUUUUUUUGUUUUACGAAUAAAUCAAUUUUCUGUUGAAGAGAUUUUCACAAACAAACAUGUCAGAGGACAAUGACUGCCCUCCCUGCAAUUUUCAACAAUUUUAUAAAGUGUUUUCAAAUAAAAAAAAUAUAAUAAAAUGGCUGAAAUUAACAGUUUAAUACAUAAUCCAGCACUGCAAUAGGUGUUUUUAAGUGCAUUUUAAACAAUCUUUUAUCGUCUGUAUUUGCAUUUUAGUUUGCGUGAGCAUGUAGUAAUUGUUGUUGAUUGGUUGUACUAUAAAAGCCUGCCCUUCUAUUCUGGUUAAUACGGUAAAACGGUUCACUGAAGAUUCCCACUGCGCUUAAUUCCCAUCAUUUGGCUUUCCCAUCUUCUUACUCCUGGCCUCCAUGAUCACCCUUGCCCCGGCUGGACUAGGGUGCAGUUGGGCGGGGUUGCAAAGGGCUUGGCCGGGGCAAACGCGGGUCACGUCAUCUGGAGAUCUCCCUCGGUAAUCUCUGCCCCAGCUCUGAACCCUGGAUCCCAUUAAAAAGGAUUUACAUCCAAUAGUGUAGAUGUACCAAAGGCAGCUUUUCUGUCUUCUCUUCCCAUCAUUUUACCACUCUAAUAACAUCCCUGUAAAACACCACAGAGCUUUUCUUCUCUUUCCUUUUUUUCCCCCUGUGUUAAUGUAGGAGGACUGCCAUGUGAACAGACUGAGCCACGCCUACUUUUGACGAUAAAAGCAAGGGAUUGGUUUGGAGUUUCAUCUGUAGUGAAAGCUUUUUAUGGGAUGUGGGAUGCUGGCAGGCGGUGGCGCAUGAGUAAAAGAGUGAGAUCUUUCAGAGAGGUGAUGUGAGAGUUGGACUAAAAAUAGACGGAGGAGGACGGGAUAAGCAGCAGAAAUGAUCUCUGCGUUCUCUGUUGUCUCCUCCUCCCUCUUAUCUCCAUCUCCCUCUUUACAGUAAGACCUGCUGGCGUCAGUAUUCUUCCCUGAGCUGCUAGAUCCACUCCGAUCUCAUUAUUUGUGUCGUGGUCAGUAGCUGAAACUAUGAGCUCACUUGCCCUGGCUUCCUGUUGAGCUCACCUUUCCCUGGUACUGAUAGUGUGGUUAACACAGGUCGUCUUGAUUGCACCUUCACAAUCGGAAACGUCUUUUGGAUUAUAACUACUGCCAAACGUCAGCGUGAGCUUGUUGGCAUCGGGACUGUUUCAGGAGAUCAUAGCUAAUGGAAGCAGACUGCAAUAAACCUGGAAUAGACAGUUCUACUACACACAAGAAAGAGAAGAGUCAGCAUGGGGUGUUGAAGAUUUGAUAGAGAAAAGAGUAAAUAAUUCUGUAUUUUGAGAGAACAUCUAUUAGAAAUCGAUUUGAGAAAACUUGGGGAUAUAUUUUGCCCUUAAAGUGUUAAAUUCUUCACUGUGUUCACCAGCUAGUAGAUAAAUGUGUAUUUUGAUGCUGAGCAGGCCGUGUGUGAUGACACAAAAAGGCACAAAGCGUUAAACAAAACCAUAAAACUUUGGCCCGAAAGCUAAACUAUUAUUUGAAAAUUGACAAUAAAGCAAUAUACAGCAAAGAGGAACUGCAAGUGUGGCUAAGUCCUUCAAAGUUUACUGGUAGUUUAAUAUUUUAGCCCUUUGAUAGAGCAAAAGAUACUUUGAGUGCACCAAAGCAGUAAAUUUUCAGCAAAAACAGCCUCAAAGGUUGGUGAUAUUCAUAAAAAAGUUAAGAAACUGAAGGUCAAGAUUGUAUUUGUUUAGGUUUAUUGCUUUUUAGUGUUUUUAUUUUGAAAAUUUUGCUGAAAUUACUAAAUUAAUCUUUUUACUUAACUUAAAUAUUUAAGUUUAGCACAACAAAUACCAUCCACUCGCCAUAGGUUCAUCAAUUCAGUGUUUUUUAUUUUAUUUAAUUUUUUUAAAAUUUCCAAAAACACUAGAUUUUAGGGCCAAACAGCUUAACAUUGACUCAAAUUGGAGAUACGUACAUAUAGGCGGAGUAUGGUUAAACUGACAUAGUACCAGUUGACCUGAGGAACCAGCAAAGAUAUGGAUAUUAAACUUCAAGGAGAACUGAAAGCUGGUAGUGCUAACUCUGCCAGUGUUAGCCAUACUCUGCAAAUCAGUUUGUCACGUUUACCCACGGACACUUCCCUUUUUAGCUAGGUUACAUAAAUCGACUUAAUUUUGAUCAUUUUUGAACAUUUGUAACCUUAAAUCUUGUCAAUAAGUUAGACUUAACAUUUAUGUUUAUAGAACUUAAGUUAGUAUUUUCAGAACAUCCCCAGUUUAGCUGCACAGUUAAUCGUUUUUGUUGCUUUCACAGAGCUGCCAAGCCUCACGCUUGAGUGUGACAGUCACGCAAUUUGACCCAUUCUCACACCACACGCCACACGCCAUGAUAAUAAACUUGGCUCGCUGUAGUUUGAGUAACUCUGACUGACUGACCGAGAUGACCAAUCCAUCAGUUCUUUGUGCCUAAAUCUAACCAACCACGGACGGCACCCCGCAGUAUAAACCAAUCAGAAGCAACGUAAGCGGGUCUUGGCAUCUCUAACUAUCUUUCACGUACAACAGCGCCGACAUUUAAAACCCACUCGACAAAAUGCAAUAUUGAUAAAUAAAUGUUUUUUGUCAAAACUUCUUGUUGCAAUUUUCAUUUCUAAUUUCUUGUUAAUUAAGACUAGCAUAAGGUAGAGCAGCUGGCAUGGAGGUAAGGACAUCAGUCUUAAAGUAUAAAUCAACGUUAAAAAAGGCAAAAAAAUAAAUAAAUUCUGAAACUUGGCAGCCCUGCUUAUGUUUUGAGAUUGGGAAAGCAGUUGUAAAAUAAUUCAAGAAGUCUCAUACUGAAAUUGAGCGAAUUGGACCAUUUAAGAAAUACUCUAAUAAAUCCAAAAGUGCUGGAGUCGUGAUGUAGCUUUAAAACAGAUUCUGUUGCAAUAAAGUAUCAGUUUUUCUUCUUUCGCUGAUAAAUAACUGUUGAUUGUUGCAUUGAUGCUGACAUUCCGGAAUGUUGUGUUUAAAGGAAUUUAGAACCAACAAAAUGCCCUUGAUGUUUCUUUGAUCAUUUGAAAUUUAACUGACGCUAAACAAAAGCUGAGAGCUCAAUAAAUAUCUGUAAUUAACGAGGAUUUUAACUCCCAAAUGUUCACUACAAGAGCAGGAGGUCAUGAGGUUUGCUUUCUGUGUGAGAUUGUCUUGUUCUGUUCCCUCACAUGUGACCUCUGUAUAUGAACUGCUCCUUUAUUUACUUCAGUUUUAGGUUUUGGCUGGUGUCCAAUCCAAAUCACUGGAGUUUUACUUUGAAUCGCCUGACACCAAUCCUCAUUUAUCAGGGAUCAGAUUACUGAAUUCUACGAAAUAUAGGAAAAGAUUCUGACUGCAACAGCUGUCUGGAAUUAACUUUAAAUGUCUUGUCUGCUGAGGUUAAGAGGAAAAAAGAGCACAUAUUUAUCUGUUUGUAAUGCGCUGUCUUUUGACUCUUUUGAGGGUCCUGCUUUCUCAGAUAGCAUAAAGAAUAUGGUGUUAUAAUCUUUUAAACGACACAAACGUCUUACCUUCUCACUUAAGGAUGGAGUAAACAUAAUAAAAGCUCAGAAAAUGUCAGUUGAGUCACUGCAAUGUUGUGGAAAAAUACCAAAAAUGUACUCCUCCUAGCUUCUAUUUCUGACGAUAAAUAAUUUUCUGCUCUAAGUGAACGUGUUGAGGGAAAUUUUAAUGGUUUUAUCUGCCAUCUUUGACUUUUUACCUUUUAUAUUUGAUCGACGAAGUCACCUUCUGAUAAUAAAACGAAGGGUCAUUGGAAGGAACACAUGGUGCCUCAUCUGGAUUCGGAUCCCCUCCAAAAUUUAAUGGGAUCCUCCCGUGCCCCUGUUUCACCCCUCAACAAGGUUUUAGGAAAAUUUGGAAGGUGUUUUUUUUUUUUUCUUUUUUCUUCUGUCAUCUCUACAGACAAAAGGAUAAUUAAACGUUAAAUCAAAUCUCCAAAGUAGUAGGAAAAAAUCAUUAAAAUAUUAAAUUAAGAAAAUAAAUAACUGAGUUGCAAAGAACAAGUUGGCCUAUCUUCCCCUCUAAAUCUACAAUCCAGAACAACUUUGGCUUCUGUGUCUAUCCUGAACAAACAGCUCACCUUUUACUAAUGAUUUGCACUCAUCCAAAAUACCACCACUCCUCAAAAAAUAAGAAAGAAAAGGUCACAGAAAGGUAGAAAUGCCAUAAUGUGGUCACAACUCGUAAUUGGGGCGAGAAAAAAAAGGUUUUCAGGGGAGUUUUCUUUUGGUUUUGAAAUCCUUUUGUGGCAAGAAUCUGACUUUCGACUUUUCUGUUGUGUUUCAACAUUUCGUUUCACAAAAGAGAAAUUAAUUAUGUCGACAUCUUUUGUUUUUCUUUUUAAAAAAUUUAUUUUUUAUAUAUUGGGGUUUUGCUUGAACGACUUGUUUUGUCUUUUUCCGAAACGUUCCUUAUAUGAGCUGCGCAACGAUUUCAAGACAGAAGCAACAUUUCCCUGUAAUAAAUAUAAAACCAGCUAUCUGCAUGCCUCGCACUGUACACUGUCGCAGCUCCACUGUGAAACUCGGUCAGUGUUUUAUACAUUUUUAAUGUGUGUGAUUCCUCUCCGUGCAGCGAUCUGCUGUGACCCCACCGUGCCCUCCAAUCAACAUCUCACCCAACCCCAACUUUUCCUCACGCUAUACAUUAAAGCUACACUGCUCGCCCAUCAAUUAAACAUGGCCGACAAGGACAGGCAGAGUUCAGUGAGCUUCUCGAGCUCUGCUGUUGGUGGCGUGAUGCCUUGUGAGAUAAAAGUUAAGCUGCAGUGCAAGACGAUGACAAUAGUUUUAUUUUUUUCAAACUAUCUUAUUGAGCGAAAAAAAAAGUGGGAAUCUAGUCUGACUUUGGUGAAAUUUGGACGUUUUCUUAUCAUUUCUGAAUUUCAAAGGUUUGACUCAACUGUUCGCUCCCAUACUAGACUACCUUUCUAUUUCCUGCCUCCUCUCUUAUCUGAGUUAAUAUCCCCGUUCUUCCAUGAUAUGACUGCCCGUCUCCAUAUGUGCUUUUCAACCCGGUUAGAUCCCUGAAGUGUGAGAUGAUGUAAAGUGUGUGGGACCAACCAUGAUCAAAUGUGUGCAGGAAAACAACAGAUCUGAUCCAAUGGCUGGUGCCGGGGGAUUACAGCAUCACUUCUUGUUCUGCACGAGUUUCUGCGCCUAUGGAUGGGUUAUCGCUAUAGGUGUUGCGUGCUCUUUCCGCUCACAUGCUACAGAGAAGAUAUGCAUCAAGCGGAGGUCAGAGUGAAGUCAGUCACACACAUGUUCACCUUUUGGGCAUGGGAAGUGGAAACAAGAUAAAACCAACAAUCUGUAAAUAAACAGAUUUGUGAUUCUUUGGGAUUGACAGUUUAAAAAUGGGUCCAAAUGUUGCCCAAAGUCUCGUCUCCAAAGUGCUUUUCCCGUCAAAUCAGCGUCUCAAAAUCAAAAAGUUUUUGUUGAUGACGAACGAUCGAGAAAAUUUUCUCUGGAACUGGUAAAUUUUUCCAAGUUUUGUUUGAAGAAACCAACAAAAGGAUUCAUCUUUGAUUAAGAUAUUUGAAAUACAAUUAUUUUCUGACUGAUAACUUCUCGUUGCAAGAAAAUAAACUGAUGCAGGGUUGAAAAUCACGACUCACUUUAGGCAAAAUAAAACAGAAAACUAUUUUCAAUUGUACAAAAAAUGCGUAAAAGUUUGUAUUCAUGACUUUUUGCUUUGUGAUCGUCGAUGAGUUAACCCAACCACUUUUUGUUUUUCAGAGGAAAUAUUCCGCGUCAUCUGUUUACAUGGAGUAUGAUCCAUUUUGAUGUUGUGUUUACACGCUCGAGGCGCCGAUCAUACCCUUACUAACAGCGUGAUUGGAGUGUAGCGCGCCAUUGUGACCACACAAUAAAAAGGUGGAGGUCAAUCGCCUGUCGUGUAGAUUGGCGCCUUCGAUUGUUGUUUUGAUUUUAAUUAAAACAGAUGUCCACAAGGACCCACGCUUCGUCCUUCGACCUUUGAUCGCCACCGCGUUGUGUCGAGGAAUGUUCGCGCAAUCUCAAGUCACAAGAGACAAGAAACGGGAGUACACAAAACGUCUGCUAAUAGAGUGCGAUGAGGCCAUUUCUCUGAUUCUAAUUGGUUCAGAGGUCAUGGUCAUGUAAGUGUCUGUUGAUGAGUUUGUUGAUUUCUUUGGCCUCACUGACUUCUGCUAAUGUGAAGCUAACAAAGCUAACGUUUGUUUUCUUCCUUCAGGUCAAAGUUUGGUUCCAAAACCGGCGGACCAAACAGAAAAAGGACACCACCAAGGAUUCGGACAAGCGCUCCUCCACCACCAACGAGUCCUUGGCCACCUGCAACAUCCUUCGCCUCUUGGAGCAGGGCCGCCUCCUGUCAGGUCCCGCCCCGCCUCCUAACUCCCUCCUUGGGCCUCCACAUCCGGCCAACGGCUCCCUGCUGGGCAGCCCAGGUGGAGGCUCCUCCACCUCUCCGGGGAUCAGCAGCAGCACUCCUCCCAGCUCCCUACCUGGGGGGACGUUCGGGCUGUCGCUACCCUCGCUGGGUGGCGCGCCUCCCUCCCCGCGUCUCGGCGUCCCCCCGCCGCACUCUCUUUGCUUCUCGAUGCCGCUUCUGGGGGGCGCUCAUCACGAACUGACCUCCGCCUACGGGUGUGGAUCUUCAGCGUUUGAGCCGUACAUGCGGCUGGACAGGAAGGAGGCAGACCUGGGCGGGAAGAAGACUGUUUCUUAA